AUGACGCACGGUGACCCGGUAUUCCCGCGGCAAAUAGCCGGACCGGAGUCUAGAGCAUGCCACGACGAGCAUAGAGUCGGCAUGAGAUACGACAACCUGGGAAGGAUCAUCAUGCUUAUCGCUGUGGCCGGACAACGCAAUCUUCAAACGAACAAAUUUGCUGCGAGAAGCUCUGCGUCUUUGUCCGGUGUCGCCAAGUCUCCUAUGCCCCCCAUACGUAUUGCUCUGGAUGUCAUAAAGCUCGGUCCUCAGACCAUCAGUCCCCUCAAUUUAGAAUACGCCAGUGUCUUUCCUUAUUGGGACGAUGACCCGCCCACAUGGGUUUUGUUAAUCGGUACGGUUGGCCCGCUGCGCCAUGCGCCGUUCCCUUGGGAAUUCCUGGGGGAAACGACCGGGGGCGGGGGGGCCGGACCCGCUGUAAUCCGAACCGCCGGUGGUGGUGAAACACGUAUCGAUGACAUCGUCGUGUCGUUACCGACUACACCUCGCCGCAGUGAUCGUGGCAGCACGUCGACGGGGUCGAACCCUGCGAAUCACCCACAGAAUCAGGAGCCAAGUUGGCGACUAGUUGUGCGUAACGGGAAAGAGGCAAACGUCUACUAUUGA